CCUGACCAGUUGUUGGCGGUCGUUGUUGGCAAUGCCGGCCUUGAACCGGACCGUCGAAAGGUGGCGGUUCGGGCGCUUCGUGAUUUGUUUUCAAAUAUAAAUAGAUUUUCUCUUUUUUUAAAAAAAACCUGCAAUCUUCCUCCUGUAUCCCCGGGGGGGAUAAUCAAGGUAAAGAAGUGAAGGAUGCCAAGUUUCGGCAGGACUGCUGAAUCGCGGCGAGAUCAGCACCGAGCUCCGUUGCCCAGAAACGCCGAGAGGGUUAGGCUGACGCUGUAGGACAUUGCCACCACUAUGCCUGCUGUUUGGCCGAGUCUUCUGGAUCUCAGCAGGGAUGAAUGCAAGAGAAUACUCCGCAAACUUGAACUUGAAGCUUAUGCUGGUGCUAUUAGUGCUCUUCGUGCACAAGGUGACCUUACAAAAGAAAAGAAAGACCUCCUGGGAGAAUUGGCCAAGGUCCUUAGCAUUUCAACAGAGCGACACCGUGCAGAGGUUCGUCGAGCAGUUAAUGAUGAAAGAUUGAUGACUAUUGCACAUCAUAUGUCUGGACCUAACAGCUCAGCUGAAUGGUCCAUUGAAGGUCGUCGGCUUGUCCCUCUCAUGCCCAGGCUAGUUCCUCAGACAGCAUUCACAGUUACAGCGAAUGCAGUAGCUAAUGUAGCAGCUCUGCAUAAUGCCACUCUUCCUUCACCAGCUGAAACUGGUAACAAAGAAGUGAUUGUCUGUUACUCCUACACAAGUACCACUCCUACUCCAGCUUCAACCACAGUACCUGGUGGAAGUGUAGCAACGGUCAAAUCUCCCAGACCUGCCAGUCCAGCUUCCAAUGUGGUUGUACUGCCAAGUGGUAGCACGGUGUAUGUCAAAAGUGUUAGCUGUGCUGAUGAAGAUGACAAACCUCGCAAGCGCAGGCGUACAAAUUCAUCAAGUUCUUCCCCUGUGGUGCUUAAAGAAGUUCCCAAGGCAGUCACACCAGUUGCCAAGUCAAUUGCAGUUCCUGUCGGUAGCAGCCCAAAAGUAAGCAACAUCAUGCAGAGCAUCGCAAACUCCAUUCCCUCACAUAUGUCACCAGUGAAAAUUACUUUUACCAAGCCUACAACCCAAACAACAAACACAGCUACACAGAAGGUGAUAAUAGUAACCACGUCACCAAGUUCAACGUUUGUACCUAAUAUUUUGUCCAAGUCUCACAAUUACGCAGCUGUCACCAAGCUUGUGCCAACAUCUGUCAUCACCACUGCCACUCAGAGACAGCCAGUGGUCAUUACUGCCACUCAGCCUCCUUUUACUGCUGGCAGUACACCCUCCCCUUCAUCCACGUCUACCACCGCUGCUGCCACAUCAAUGAUUUCGUCAACAUCUUCUGUUGUGAUGUCAACAAUAGCUCAAGGUGCAUCUGGUACUGCAGUUAAAGUUACCGCAGCCAGGCUUCAGUCCCCCAAAGCACUUAUGGGCUCCCCAACUCAGAUCUUGACGCAGUUUCCCAAACAGCAACAGCAGCAGCAAAUGUCACAAUCUCCACAGCAGCAGUCCCAACAGUCUCAAACAUCACCUGGUGUCAAACCUACCAUUCAGAUCAAACAGGAGUCAGGCGUCAAGAUUAUAACCCAACAGAUGCAACCAAGCAAAAUUCUGCCAAAACCAGCUACAAUGCCUAGUACUAGCACUUCGCCUAUCAUGGUGGUUAGCAGCAAUGGUGCCAUUAUGACAACAAAGUUGGUUACUACACCGACAGGUACCCAAACUACCUACACACGCCCUACAUUGAAUCCCACUAUCAGUGCUCGUAUGGCAGCAUCUACAGGAUCUACAACCUACAUGAAAACUACCAGUGGGAGCAUCAUCACUGUAGUACCCAAGUCACUAGCUACAUCCCUUGGAGGAAAAAUUAUCAGCAGCAGUAUAAUGUCUGGAACAACAACAAAAAUAACUACUAUUCCAAUGACUUCGAUGACGUCGAAGCCAAAUGUCAUUGUUGUACAGAAGACUGCAGGGAAAGGAACAACCAUCCAGGGUAUUCCAGGAAAAAAUGUGGUCACAACAUUGUUGAAUGCUGGGGGUGAAAAGACCAUUCAGGCAGUACCUGCAGGGACAAAACCAGCAAUUAUCACUGCAACAAGGCCCAUUACUAAAAUGAUUGUGGCUCAACCAAAAGGGGUGGGAUCGUCAGUACAACCCACCACAAAAAUCAUACCCACCAAAAUUCUCUACGGACAGCAAGGGAAAACGCAGGUUCUGAUUAAACCAAAGCCUGUGGCUUUCCAGGCCACAAUGGUGAGUGAACAGACUCGUCAGCUGGUGAGUGAAACUCUGCAGCAGGUCUCAAGGGUCGCGGAGGGAAGCAGCUUAUCUGGACAAGAAGGCAGUCUGAAGGACGAUGCACAAUCCUAUGCUGAGGGCAGCAGUGGGAGUGGUUCCUCGAGUGACUCCGUACAAAUCUCUCAUGGCAAAAGCAGAUCGUACAUCGAGAUACAGAAAACCCGAAAUAAUUAUUUGAACUCUCAGCAAGUAGUCCAUGUUAUUUCAUCAAGGAGCCAGGAUUGGGCAGAACAUGAAGUUGCCAUGGACACCAGCCCUACAAUCAUCUACCAGGAUGUUUCUGGAGAACCCCAAUCAGCCACCUCCACCAUUAAAGCACUGCUGGAACUCCAGCAGACAGGUAAAGAAAAAUUGGAGUCUAAAUCUCGGCAGCCAACUAUUGACCUCAGUCAGAUGGCAGUCCCAAUCCAAAUGACACAGGAAAAGAGGUUGUCACCAGAAAGCCCUGCCAUCACUGCUCUUGACUCGGAGCUAGCUUCAGAGUACUUCAACUCUGGGAAAAGUAUCAAACCAGCAGUUUCUGGUUCAAGUGUCUGUUCUGCUGAAGUAGCACUGACAUCAUUAUUACCAAGUGGUCCACAGCAGCAGUCAGCACAGCCUCCUGCAGCGAUGAAAUCAGUUCCAGUUUCCUCAGCAAUUGCAGUCACACACGUUCUUCAGCAGAUCCCGAUAAAGGUACAAGCAGCCACUGGUCAGGGUGUAGUAGCCAAGCAAGAUGAUUCUGAAGCUGAAGAAAGUGAAGUAGAGGAAGGGGACACAUUGGAUCCACAAACUGGCCUCUUCUACAGAUCCAGCACCUCGAUACCAUCAUCCUCAUCCUCAUCCCAGCAUCAACAAAAACAAUUACAACAAUCUCAUGAGGUGACACAGACUAAAUCUCCAACACUGCAGCAAGUUGCUGCAGCAACAACCCAGACACAACCAACUAUGCUGCAGGUGAUCGCAGUAAAAGCACAACAGCCGCAACUUCCAAAACUACUGCACCAAGCACAACAGACGCCGCAGUUACCACCGCCAACACAUCUGCAGCAUCACCCAGAUAAGACCCAGCUAAUCAUAAAACAGCAGCCUGCCUCAUCAGAACAACCACUUCCUGGCCAGGCACAGCCGCCCAUCAAAGCGCAAGGAACAACAGUCACCAAAAUAACCUUUGGAAAUUACCAAGCCACUACCAUCACGAAAAUGGCCAGUGGCAGCUCAAAGAGUUCAGUGAUGGCGGCAAACUAUUAUACGGUACAAUCUUCCAAAAAGUCAAUGGAAACAGACUUUUUAAAGAUUUCCAUCAUGGAGGCCCAGAUCGGAAUGAAUGAGGAAUCCUCCAGUGUAGACGCUAGCAAAGAGAGGAAGCCCACAGCACAGAAAGUAAGCUCACCACAGUCAGACCCUUCAAAUCAGUUCCAGAAACCUGCUGUGGCCCCUGUGCUAAAAGAACAACAAACCAAACAGCCCCCAGAGAAGAUGCUUCCACCUAGGGAAGCCGAGGGAUCUGGAAAGGCUGUUCAAAGCCACUUUCUUCAAAUUCAGAAUUUAACACAAGAGAAGUCCAGUGAAAUAUCUGCAGAUAUUCUUAUUCAGUCUAUACCUCAGUAUUCCAUACCCAGUCAGUCCAGCUCAAAUGUAGUGGUCGAACCCAGUGGUCUCUUGGACAUCACAAACUUUACCAGCCAGCGAAUCGCAGAUGAGGAGUCUGUACAGUAUUCAGCCAUGGAACAUGAUGUGGACAGUAGCAACGAAGAGGGUACAGAGCCCAAUUCAACAGGAAGCACCACAGGACAGUCACAUUGAAAGAAUAAAGGACAAAAGUAAAAAUAUACCAAGGCGUUCUUCAGAAUCUGGAGAGAUUUCUCCACAAGGAGUCUGAACAUGUGUUUUUUAAAAAUAUUGUACAUAGAGACUUUUUUUAAAAGAAGAAAAUGUAAAGUGUUCUGUAUACAUUUAGACUUUUAAAAGUGAAUCUUGUGUAGGAAGUUCUUUUUUUUUGUAAAAAAAGCUUCUCUAUGAUUUAGAGAAGGUCCCAAUAUUUCCACCUUUACGUAUGUGUGAAAAUUGGCCAAGUCACAAAGAAUCUUCUGCUCAGCAUUCCCAGAAGGAACACGAGGAAUCUGGGCACAUUAUUGUGAGCCUUCCAGCUGCUUUGAGAAAUCACGCGCUGGUGUGAUAGCUGCAGCUCUGGAUUUGAGGUGCGAUUUUCCUUGGGGUAAGGGGGCAUGUUUGGGAAUGUACCAUUAUUAAUAAAGAAAAACAUUUCUGCAGUUCA